AUAAAAGAAACUGCAGCUUAAGUCUCAAGCCUGUUUGUCAGUAAGGACUUAUACAAGGCACUAUGUGCUGUAAGGCAAUAAUUUGGCUGUCUGUUGCAUCGGUCAUCGGAGGAUUGCUAGCAAUAUUAGGUGGAAUUCUUAUACCCCUGGGAGAUAAAAUCGUUGGUGAUAAAGUCAGCAAGGAAGCAGUAAUUGAAGAUGGAACCAUUGCCUAUGAAAACUGGGUUGUAACAGGAAGUCCAGUCUACAGAUAUUUUUGGGUAUAUGAGGUUUUAAAUCCUGAUAAGGUAUUGCAAGCAGAAGUACCACAACUAAGACAAAGAGGUCCAUAUGUUUAUCUGACGCGACAUUUACCUAAAUUAAAUGUGACGCAGCAUCACAACGGCACUGUAACUUUUUGGCAACCAAACGAAGCCAUCUUUCAAGAAGACAAAUCAAAUGGCUCAGAACAUGACAUAUUUACCGUGUUAAACCUGGCUGUUGCUGCUGCACCGGACAUGUUUUCAAGUCUUCUGCCGUUAGUGAAUGGUUUUAUUAAGCGUUCUAAUUCCUCAUUGUUCCAGAACAGAAGUGUCAGAGAAAUACUGUGGGGCUACAGAGAUCCAUUUUUGGAACAAAUACCAAAUGCUCUUUUACCAGAUAAAACAACAGGAUUAUUUUACCCAUACAAUGGAACCACAGACGGUAGCUAUAAUGUGUAUAAUGGCAAAGAUGGUAUCAGCCAGGUUGCAUUAAUUAACAGAUACAAGGGAGAAAGAACACUCUCAUACUGGAAAGAUGACUAUUGUGAUAUGCUUAAUGGUUCAGAUGCCGCUUCAUUCCCACCAUCGGUUGAUAAAAAUAAACUGUUAUACUUCUUUUCUUCAGAGAUCUGCAGAUCUAUAUAUGGGGUUUUUGAAAAGGAAUAUAUCUUAAAGGGAAUUAAACUCUAUCGGUUUGUAGUGCCAAGUUCAGCACUUGCAUCUCCAGUUGAAAACCCAGACAAUCAUUGUUAUUGCACAGAGAUAGAACUUUCAAGAAAUUGCACUGCAGCGGGUGUGUUAGAUCUAAGAAGUUGCCAGGAUGGAAAACCAGUUUUUCUUUCAUUGCCCCAUUACCUAUAUGCGAGUGAUUUCCUCUUGGACUCUGUGGUUGGCCUGAAGCCCAAUAAAGAAGAACAUGAAACCUAUGUAGACGUAGAACCUAUAAGUGGAUUUACAAUGCAUUUUGCAAAACGAUUGCAAGUUAACAUCAUGUUCACACCACACAAAGAAAUAGAUGUUAUGUCAAAUCUCAGUUCAGAGUUCAUAUUCCCUGUGGUAUGGCUGAAUGAGACUGCAAUGAUUUCUGAUGAGUCAGCAGAUGAAUUUAUACAAAGUGUGACUUUCCCAAUAAAGUUGCUGGAGAUAAUGCAAAUUGUGUUGCUUUGUGUUGGAUUUGCUGUUUUUAUUCCAUGCACAAUAGCAAUUAUUGUCAUAUCUUGCAAAAAGCCAAAAAGAAAAGGAAGCCCAAAAAGUGAGGCAACGUUCUAAUGCAAAAUAAUAAAAAAACACCAAAUAUUUGAACAUAGAAGUCAACAGAGCCAAAUAAAAUGUAAUAAUAUCCAGACAUGCUAACUAGAACUAGUGAACGUUGGAAGAAGAAUAUAAUGUGGAGUUAUUAAAAUUGCCUGCAUUUAAUGUCUUUACUAAACAUUUGAACUAUUUCUGCAAUCUAUUUAUA